AUGGUUCGUGAUCAAACAGAGAGAAGGGAGAGUGGCGAAGUUCGCUAUCCUUCCUUGAGCAACCGGAGACGGAGCCUAGACGAAGCCCCUCCUACGGAUCAAGACGCCCUGCGCGCAUUGAUCGAACACGCAGAGAGAGCGACGGAUGAUCCAUCGGCUCUUCCAGCCUUCAUGGCACUGGUCAACGAGAAUCAGACACACGCAGCGGCGUUUGUACUAACAUUGGCAGCUGUCUACGAGGAAGAGAAAGCCCUCCGUCUGGAGAAGGAGGCUGAGCAUCGAGAAGUCCUCCAGGAGAAGGAAACUUGGGAAGAAAGAUACCAAGACCUUGACGGAGGCACCAGCAUCGAGAUUGAGGCUCUGAAGGAUCGACUCCGUGACAAGGAGGAGAUCAUUCAGAACCUCCGCGACAAGAUUACCGUGAUACCAAAGCCGCAAGUUCGGGUGGAGUCUCCUUCAGAAACCCCGACAGAACGAGAAUCGCCGCCUUAA